UACUCAUUAGGAAUGGACAGCAGUUUGUCAGUUUCCAAGAUGCAAGACCCUUCGUCCUCACCCUUGGAUAAACAUCAAAGCUCAGCUAACAGCAAUGGCGAUCUUGAUUCAGAGGAAGGUUCAAGCUUGGAGGAAAUCGGCUUUAACUGGGGAGAGUAUUUGGAAGAAACAGGUGCCAGCGCGGCACCCCACACCUCAUUCAAACAUGUUGAAAUCAGCAUUCAGAGUAACUUCCAGCCAGGGAUGAAAUUGGAAGUGGCUAACAAGAACAACCCAGACACCUACUGGGUGGCCACCGUCAUCACCACUUGCGGGCAGCUGCUGCUCUUGCGUUACUGUGGUUACGGAGAGGACCGCCGGGCGGACUUCUGGUGCGAUGUGGUGAUAGCGGAUCUCCACCCCGUGGGGUGGUGCACGCAGAACAACAAAGCCUUGAUGCCCCCGGAUGCAAUCAAAGAGAAAUAUACAGACUGGACUGAAUUUCUCAUACGGGAUUUGACUGGUUCCCGGACAGCUCCUGCCAACCUCCUGGAAGGUCCUCUGCGAGGGAAAGGCCCUAUAGACCUCAUUACAGUUGAUUCCUUAAUAGAACUUCAGGAUUCUCAGAACCCUUUUCAGUACUGGAUAGUUAGUGUGAUUGGAAAUGUUGGAGGAAGAUUACGCCUUCGCUAUGUGGGAUUGGAGGACACUGAAUCCUAUGACCAGUGGUUGUUUUACUUGGAUUACAGACUUCGACCAGUUGGUUGGUGUCAAGAGAAUAAAUACAGAAUGGACCCACCUUCAGAAAUCUAUCCUUUGAAGAUGGCCUCUGAAUGGAAAUGUGCUCUGGAAAAAUCCCUUAUUGAUGCUGCAAAGUUUCCUCUUCCAAUGGAAGUAUUUAAGGAUCAUGCAGAUUUGCGAAAUCAUUUCUUCACAGUUGGGAUGAAGCUAGAAACAGUGAAUAUGAGCGAGCCCUUUCAUAUCUGUCCUGCAUCAGUGACCAAGGUUUUUAACAAUCAUUUUUUUCAAGUGACUAUUGAUGACCUAAGACCAGAGCCUAGUGAACUCUCAAUGCUGUGCCAUGCAGAUUCUGUGGGGAUUUUACCAGUACAAUGGUGCCUUAAAAAUGGGGUCAAUCUCACACCUCCCAAAGGCUACUCUGGCCAGGACUUUGACUGGGCCGAUUAUCACAAGCGGCAUGGGACAGAGGAAGCACCUCCUUUUUGCUUCAGAAACACAUCGUUCAGUCGAGGUUUCACAAAGAAUAUGAAACUUGAAGCCGUAAACCCCAGGAAUCCAGGAGAACUCUGUGUGGCCUCUGUCGUCAGUGUGAAGGGGAGGUUGAUGUGGCUUCACCUGGAAGGUCUGCAGACUCCAAUUCCAGAGUUCAUUGUUGAUGUGGAAUCAAUGGAUAUCUUUCCAGUGGGCUGGUGUGAAGCGAAUUCUUACCCUUUGACCACACCACACAAAACUGUCUCACAAAAGAAAAGAAAGAUUGCAGUUGUGCAGCCAGAGAAACAAUUGCCAUCCACAGUGCCUGUUGAGAAAAUACCUCAUGACCUUUGCUUAUUCCCUCACCUGGACACCACAGGUACAGUCAACGGGAAAUACUGCUGUCCUCAGCUUUUCAUCAACCACAGGUGUUUCUCAGGCCCUUACCUCAACAAAGGCAGGAUUGCAGAGCUGCCUCAGUCUGUGGGGCCCGGCAAAUGCGUGCUGGUCCUUAAAGAGGUUCUUAGCAUGAUAAUCAAUGCUGCUUACAAGCCUGGAAGGGUACUAAGAGAAUUACAACUGGUGGAAGAUCCACACUGGAAUUUUCAGGAGGAGACGCUGAAGGCAAAGUACAGAGGCAAAACAUACAGGGCUGUGGCCAAGAUUGUACGGACGUCUGACCAAGUAGCAGAUUUCUGCCGGCGAGUCUGUGCCAAGCUGGAGUGCUGUCCAAAUCUGUUCAGUCCUGUGCUUAUUUCUGAAAACUGUCCAGAGAACUGCUCCAUUCAUACCAAAACCAAAUACACCUAUUAUUAUGGGAAGAGAAAGAAGAUCAUCAAACCCCCAAUUGGGGAAAGCAACAUAGAGAGCGGACACCCUAAGCCAGCCAGACGGAGGAAACGGCGGAAAUCCAUUUUUGUUCAGAAGAAGCGGCGGUCUUCUACUGUGGACUUUGCAGCGGGCUCUGGGGAGGAAAGUGAAGAAGAGGACGCCGAUGCCAUGGAGGAGGACACUGGCAGUGAAGAGACUGGCUCCGAGCUCCGGGAUGACCAGACAGACACCUCCUCUGCUGAGGUCCCCUCCGCCCGGCCACGCAGAGCCGUCACACUACGAAGCAGCUCAGAGCCAGAGCGCCGGCCGCCCCUGGAGAGGGUGCGCAGGGGGCGCAAAACACAGCCCCCCACCAGUGCCCAGGGUGGUGACAAGGGCGACAAGGGGCCGGUGGCCGGCCACGACACAGCUGAGGAAAUAAAGCAAGAGGAAGAGGAGAGACUCAUUCUGGACAGCAACCCUUUGGAGUGGACAGUGACCGACGUGGUGAGGUUCAUUAAACUGACAGACUGUGCCCCCUUGGCCAAAAUAUUUCAGGAACAGGACAUCGAUGGCCAAGCACUCCUGUUGCUGACUCUCCCAACGGUGCAAGAGUGCAUGGAGCUGAAGCUGGGGCCCGCCAUCAAGUUAUGCCAUCAGAUCGAGAGGGUCAAAGUGGCUUUCUAUGCCCAGUAUGCCAACUGACACGCCCUCCUUGGCGGGUGGCCCGGUCCCUGGUUGAAGCAGUGUCUUGGGGAGGUUCAGGACUGCAGCCUUUCUUUUUCUGGGAUACGGGAGAUGAUACCUACACCAAGUAUUGUGGAAAAGUGAAAUGCGUAAAGGACCUCCGUCACCCACCAGCCCAUUUGUACUCCAUGUUUUGAAAGCACACCUGCGUCCCCAGCAGUGACUUCUGGAGAACAAAAUAAAAUAUCAUGAUGGGAUAUGGAAGCACAUCUUUGUACCGCCACAGCUCACCUUCCUCCCAGACCAGAGCAGACCGCUGCCUUUGAACAGUCUCCUAAACCCAGGCUUGCAUUUCCUUUUGAAAGCUAAGAUGCCAUUGUCUUUGCGGAGGGGACCACGGAGGACACAUAGCAGUAGUUUUGUGGUGAUCACUCUCAGGCAAGCUGAUUGAUGCUUCUUUCACACCCACACCCAGUGACUGUGGUGGCUGCUGCCAUUUUAUCUUGGUGGCAUUUCAUUCGCAAACACAAUUGUAGGCAAUGCUAUAGGAUGUAAUUAUCCAAAGGUGGCUGGACCUGCCUCUUCUGUCAGAGGUGCCUUUUCAGAAGUAUGGGGAGGGUAGUGGGAGGUGGACCACUGUCAUGAGACAGUUUUCCUUGAGUGACGGACACCUCGAAAGAGGUGUGGAGAGGUGUGCUAUUUGCUGAAUUGUGUAAUGGAAGAAAAGCUUAAUU